AUGAGUGAUAAUGAUUAAGAAGAAGAUGAACUAGUUGAAACAUUAGAAUUUAUAUCAAAACAAUUAGAAGAGCAUUAUCAACUCAAAACAAUCAAUAAAUAUGGGGGAUAAGGUGGAUUUGGAUUGGUUUUAUUUGUUGAAGACAUUAAUGAUCAGUCGUAAAAGUAUGCAAUAAAAGCUCAAUCAAUAAUUAGUAAAACAACAGGGAAUAUAAAUUAAACAUUGUUAAAAUAAUGCAAAGAGGAAGCGCGUAUUAUGAGAGAGUGUAAACAUGAAAAUGUAGUUGAGAUUUACUGUGAUUUCGUUCUUGGACUUUAUCACUUUAUCUAGAUGAAUCUUUGCUAUUGUUCGCUCAGUGAUUGGAUCAUGAUCAAUGGCUAAAGGAGUAUUUCUGAUUAAAUUUUUUGCAAAUUUGUUGAAUAAAUGAUUUAAGGAUUAGAGUAUUUACAUAACAAAGACUAUGUGCUUAGAGAUGUAUCAGUAAGAAAUAUACUGCUAACUGUUAAUGGAGAUAUUAAAUUUUGUGAUUUUGGUUUAGCUAGAAAGUAUGAUAAUUCUCUCAGGAGUAAGGUUCUCUACACUUCUCAUUUAAAUGGAGUGAUCUAUUAUUUUCCACCUGAAAUCCAUUAAGCAAUUUAAGAAAAUAAACCUUAAAUAAAAUAAACCAAAGAAGGAGAUAUAUGGGCAUUGGGUGUUUGCUUAUCUCUUCUGGGAGGUGUUCCAAUUAGCCACUUUUCAAAUUCAUUUCAUAAAGAUUUUAAAAUAGUUGACGCUCCUAAUUUAAGUGAAAAAGCAAAUUAACUGAUAAAAGAAAUUCUUAUAAAAGAUCUUAAAAGCAGGCCAACUUUUAAUUAAAUCAGAGAGCAUAUUCAUAAAAUAUUUUAUUUUUUAGACUUGGGAGCAGUAAAAACUUUAAAUGAAAAAGUAAAAAGUUCUGAAACAACAAUUAGCCAAACUAACUCAAAGUUAGAAACUCGAGAUAAUUCUAUAGUAAGUCUAUCGUAAUCAGAGACAGCUGUCGUUUUUAUAAACAACAAGAUAAUUGAAAAAAAAAUAUUUGUACUUCCUUCUAACUUAGAUGAACAAAUUAAAAAAGCAGAAGUUAAUGUUGAAUUUAACUUUUUAGAGGUUUAAAACUUUUAUCAAAAGUACAAAUCAAUCCUAGCUGAGGAACCUAACAAUAUAGAAAUUCUACUUUUCCUUGGUCAUGUUGAAAUUAAACUGAAUUGUAAUUACGAAAUAGGUGAAAGCUACUUGGAAAAAGUAAUUUCUUUAUAGAAAAAUUCUAUAGAAGCUUACUUAGGCAUUUGCGAAAGCAUCUUAAUAUAGCGAAAAGCAUGCUUGUACAAUUAAAUUAGAGAAUACAUUAAAGUUUGUUUUGAUUUUAAUCAAUCUUAUUGGAAAAUAUUUUACAUUUAAUCUUGGCUUCUUUAUGAGUGUGAAAAUUAUGUAUUAAGUGAAGAAUGCCUUCAAUUAGCUUUAAAUUAAUACCCUAAAUCUUCCUUAUUGAAUUCUCUACACUCACUUUUAUUAAUACAAAUAUCUGGGUAGAGUAUUCAAUCUUCAACUGAAAAACUUGAAAAUGCAAUUUCUUAAAACUAUCUUAAUGACCCAUUGGUGUUAAGCAGAGCAGGUUUCUUUUAUUAAUAUUACUUAAAAGAAUUUAAUAAAGCGAGUACAUGCUAUAAAAGGGCUCUUGAAAUAUGCCAAAAUGAUUUAAUGUCUCUGUUUAACAUAAUAAUUCUUCUAAAUCAAUAAAAAACAGCUCCUGAUAAAUUAGAGGCUUAUCUAAAUUAAAUAAAAAGCUAUUAUAAGGAGAAUAGUAUAGUUAGUCAAUUGUAUGGAUGCAUUGAAAAGAGUUUCUCAGAAAAGAUAAAAUAUUUUAAUAAAUCGAUUGAGCAGGACAAAUGCUAAGUUAGCUCAUACAUUUAUCUGUCUCAAAUAAAGAAAUCAUAAAACAAAAUAGAAGAACUUGAAGAGAUUUAUAAGAAAAUUUUAGAGAUAAAUCCAAAUCAAAUCAACUCAUACAUAGAAUUGGGUUAAAUAUAUUUUCAAAAAAAUGAAAAAUUAAAAGCACAAUCAUACUUUAAAUAAGCUUAAGAUCAAAAAAAUAUAUCUUAAUACGAUGAUUUAUAUCUAAAGGGAAUAAAUUGUGAAUUAAACCAGCAAGAAGAACUUGCAAUGAAAUAUUAUAAUUAAUCAAUAGAGUAUAAUCCAUAUUAAGAAAGAUCAUAUUUGAGAAUUAUAAAAAUUAUCUAAGAAAAUAAAAAUAUAAUAAUAAGUGAAGCUAUCAACAUCAACAUAAAUGCAAUUUAAAAAAACCCUUUAAGUGAAGAUUUGAAGCUCUCUUUGAUUUCCCUUUAUAUUGAACAGAAACGCUACUUUGAAGCUAAAUAGAUCAUGAUAGAUUUGAUAAAAUUGUAGCCUUACAAGCCAUAAAUUUAUGAGCAAUUAGGUAUUAUUGAAUAUCGAGAAUUAUUAAACAAAGAACAAGCGAUUGAAUAUUUUAAUAAAGAAUUAGAACUUAGUAUAUCAGAUACAUCUGUAGGGUAUUUAGCACUCAUAUACUUUGAAAAAAAUGAAUAAUAGAAAGCAAAAGAAUAUUUAGAGAGAGCAAUAGAAAUCAACAUGAAUAAUUUAGAUGCCAAAUACGUUUAAGCUAAUUUGAUGAAACAAGACAAUUUAAUAGACGAAGCAAUUUAAAUUUUAAAUGAAAUAUUAGAAAGAGAUCAAUAUUACUACAAAGCCUAUGCUCUUUUAGGUAAUAUUUACCAGUUUAAUAAAUAAAAUCCAAAAGAAGCCUUGAAUUACUACUUGAAAUGCAUGGAAAUUAAUAAAUAAAUAAAUGAGAUGCAUUAUAAUGUUUCACUUAUUUACAAGAAUGAUAUUAACGAUAUUGAUAAAGCAUAAUAAUUUUUGUGCCAAUAUACAAGCAUGAAUAUAUAUAAUUAUAAUGCAAUAUGCGAACUCGUUAAAAUAUAUUUGCUGAAAAACGAUCUUUAUAAUGCUGAAUCUUUGCUCAUUUUAUAUACUAUGCAUAAUACAUAAAAUGAGGACGCAUUACGUAAGCUUAGCGAUAUUUAGAUAUAAUUAAAUAAGGAUACAAAUGCAAUUAACACUCUUGAAAUUCUCAGAAGUCUAAAUCCUACUAGAAAAGAUGUACUUUUAGAUUUAAGUAAAUUGUAUGAAAGUAGCUAACCUUAAAUGUCUGCUCAAAUAUAUUACUUAUGCCUAUAAUAAGACCCUUUAAACGUCCAAAUUUUACAAAAAAUAAACUCUUUUACAUAGGGGUCAUUUUUAUUAAAAUUAUAAUAAGAAGCUGAAUAAGAAAAAGAUGAAAAUAAACUUUUGAUUCUAUUGAAACAAUAAUAAUUAAUAAAUAAUAAAAGCUCAUAUAAUUUAUUGUAAAAGUUAGCUGAUAUUCAAUUUAAAUUUCACAUGUAUGAAGACUCUGAGAAAACAAUCUAGAGUAUGAUUUAAUAAUUUAAAAAAAAAGGAUAUCCAUACCUGCUUCUAGGGAAAAUAGAACUAAAAGUAAAUUAGAACUAUACUAAAGCCAUCGAGUACUUUCAAAAAGUGUAAGAUCUAAAUGAAGAGUCUUCUGAGCUCUAUUUAAGAAGAGGAUAUUCCCAUAUGUAACUUUAUUAAAUGGAAGACGCUACUAAGUACUUGAAAAAAGCUACUAAAAUAGUCCCAGUAUAGCCUUUAUCUUUUCUUUAUUUGGCUUAAAUAGAAACUUAUGUUAAGGGUAAUUAUAAAAAGGCAAUGAAAUAUCUAUAAGAGUGUUUAAAUAAAAAUUUUAAAGUAGCCAAAGUUUAUUAUGAAUUUGGUUAUAUUUUUGAAUAACUAAAUUAUUUGUAUCAAGCAAAAGAAUCUUAUGAAAAAGUCUUGGAGUUAGAUCCUAAUUUUGAGAAAGAAAAAUAUUGUAAAAAUUUUAUAGAGCAAAAUCCUUAACCAGAAAAUAAAGAAUUUAAAGAAUAGUGUUCAAUAUUUUGA